CUUGGCCUCUGGCAAACUGGGGAAUGCAAAUAUUAUAGGUUCCUGGAGAAAUAUGGUUACUUUGAAUCUCAGCAUCAAGGAUCCAACCUUGCCAAAUUCUCCGAAGCCAUCCGGGAAUUCCAGUGGCUCUCCCACUUGCCCGUCAGUGGCGCCCUCGACGCCUCCACCCUGCACCGCAUGCGCCUCCCCCGAUGUGGCGUGCGCGACACCGAGGGGCACACUGCCUGGAAGGCCCGUACGGGCGCCCCGUUUGCAGGAGAGACAGCCCGGAGAAGACGCAAGCGGCGGUACCUGCACCAGAGCAGCAAAUGGUUCAAGCGGCACCUGACAUACCGGCUCGUGAACUGGCCCCGGUACUUACCUGAGCACCAGGUCCGUCAAGCCAUGAAAGCUGCCUUUGAGCUCUGGAGCAACGUCUCCUCCUUGGUUUUCUGGGAGGCCGUGGGGGAACUCUCAGACAUCCGGCUGACCUUCUUCCACGGCGACCACAACGAUGGAGUGGAUAACGCCUUUGAUGGACCAGGUGGUGCUCUGGCUCAUGCGUUCUUCCCGCGCCGGGGAGAGGCGCACUUCGACGAUGACGAACGGUGGUCGCUGGGCGGCGGGAAGGGCCACAACCUCUUUGUGGUGGUGGCCCACGAGAUUGGGCACACCUUAGGCCUGGAGCAUUCCCCCGUCCGCAACGCGCUCAUGUCCCCCUAUUACAAGAAGCUUGGCAAGGACUUCAUCCUGAACUGGGAUGACAUUCUCGCGAUCCAGAACCUAUACGGGAAACCUGCUCGGGGCUCUGUGGUCCAGCUUCCAGGGAAAUUAUUCAGUCAUUUCCAGGAUCUGAGCCACCCUCUGGAAGGAGCCGGGCCCCAUCGGGAGAGUAACUUCAGCUCUCAUUAUUGCUGGUCAUUUUUUGACGCCAUAACCACAGAUCUUGCAGACAACCUUUAUAUCUUCAAAGGUGGCUAUUAUUGGAUAAUAUCCAAAGGAGUUAAAAACAAUGGGCCACACCCACUUCGGGCCACGUGGCCAGGGUUACCAUCCACCAUCGAUGCUGCAGCCUUUUCAGAGGAAGACGGAAAAUUUUAUUUCUUCAGAGGCGGCCGAUGCUGGUGCUACAAGGGCUCCUCCCUAGAAAUGGGUUUUCCCCAGAAGUGCAGCAACAGGGGGGAUCUCCCACGCCAUCCAGACACCGCCUUGUAUUUCCAGCCGCUCCACCGCUUGGUUCUUUUCAAAGGCCCCAAAUACUACGUGGUCAAUGAGGAAGCCCUGAGGGUGGAGCCGUACUACCCCAGAAGCCUGAGAGACUGGGGAGGGGUCCCAGCCAUGGCGAACGGCGCUCUCACCCAUAGGGAUGGCUCUGUGUACUUCUUCCGUGACGACCGCUUCUGGAAAUUCGAUUCAGAGAAGCUGAGGGUGAUCGAAACUGGGAAAUGGGCCCCACAGUUACAGUGGCUCGGUUGUCAGGAUGCGGCCCUGAAUCAAGCCGUGGUCUGACCUUCCUCCGAAAGACCUGUUUUACGUGAGAGCUGUUCAUUGCCAACACCCUCUUCCCGGAAGUCUGGUGUCUGCUCUCGUUUGAGUUCUGGGUUCGAGUCAGACUGCUUGAAAGUCAGCGACAAAGCCAGGUUGUUGAGUUCUAGCAGACUUUUCCUCUGGAAGCGGCAGUAUGAAAUUGUGAGGGGAGGGUAAUGGAAAAAAGUAAAUAAUCCAAAAUGUUGGCUCAGAGGUGAAGUCAGUGAUUUUUUGGAGGCCCGUUGGGGGGGGGGUGUCCCAUGGAGCCAGCUUUGUCGUGGAAUAAGAAGAGCUGAGCACAGAGGGAAAAUGGCGACAGACCAUGGGUGAAGCCCAGGUGCAGGUCAGUUGAUGGAGGAGCAUGGGGAACAUUGGCCUCGUAGCCCAUGAAGGAACCAUCCAGAACAGCGGGAGAAGGCCUUGUGAUGGGGCAACGACUACCUCUGGGAGCGAACAUUGCCUCCAGCGCUCGCUAUAUCCACGUGGAUCCCUUCCUCCUGUCCCCAGCCAGCCCCUCCUGUCCCAGGGAUUGGGGCCACGGAGAGGACCACAUGUACGGCUCCCUUAUCUGGGCCACCUUCUUCACUGCUCUCUGAGCCUUGAGCCGGAUGACUGUGGGUGGAUGAUGGACUUGAACUUCCCACUUGGGAUCUUGUGGGACUCUUGAUUUCUUCCUUCCUCCUGGGUGACGUUUUCCAGAACUCCUUUCUCCUCUUUGAGCAAUGUCAUGGCGUUCACAAGCUUCCUGGUGGCUCUUUUAACUGGAUGGAGCUAUCCUGCAGGUGGUGGUUCUCUGCCCUCCACAAGUUUUUGCCUUACAACGACCCGAGCACAGUGCCCGAGGGAUGGGAGGUGCUCAUUGUUCUCCAAUGAGUUUCCACAGGGUGUGACUUUAUAAAAAUCUUGUUCAGUGUGGUUUUUUUUUCCUGUAUUUGAUUUGGACAGAGGCUUUUUCAGUCUUGUGAAUCCAGAUGUAGGUUUUCAACUGCACUGUAAAUAUGGCCCCCUUCAGAGUUGCCACAUUCCCCGUUUACAAUAUAUUGUUUCAGGGAAAAUAAAGUUGUUUGUACAGUUUUAUAUAAAGAAAUUAGCUUUGCCAUCUGGGGACUCUCAGAGUGGUGAC